UACGUGGCAAGUAAAAGGCUUUUUAUCUUGCACCUUUCCUUGUGCACUUAGCUAGUUUCAAUGGCGCAGCUAUAGUGAGAAGUUGGAUCCCAUCACCAGCCAUUGCCAACAAGCUACACGCUGGGCGAUUUGGUUUAUAUGUAAAUAACUGAUCCCAUGUAAAGAAAACUUAUCAAAUGUAUGCUGAAAGUUGCGAGUAACGUGUUAGGAUUCUUAACUCUUUCCCUAGCCCUCACACAGCAGAAUGAAUGCUGUAGUCCUGUAGUCACUUUAGUGAAUAGGAAGUUGCACCUCACAUUUAAAUUGACGUGUCAGCAAGUGUGCUAUUAUCACCUUGUCAUAGUAUGAAUGUGCUCAAUUUCAUGAUGAUUUUGUAACUACACUCGGUGAAAUAGAACGAGUAAAGUUUGAAGAUAAAUAUGUGCAGGCAGACGAGAGCAAUGUGCUUUUGGAUAUUUUUGCUUAUUUUAACUACUCCUGCUCUUUCCCUUCGAUUGCUUUAUGCAAAUGAAAAAGACAUUCGAAUUAUUUGGACACAACAAAACAAGGAAAAGAUUAUUUUAUCAAGAGCAGAAGAGGCAGUGGCAAUAGAUGUUAUCAUUGGCAAGAACUUAUUGUUCUGGAGUGAUGUGUCGGAAAAGAAAAUUUUCAGUUGCUCUAUCAAACUAAAGUCAUGUAUUCCAAAAGUUAUUAUGUCACAUGAAAAUGGCCACAUUGAAGGUCUGGCUGUUGAUUGGCUUACUGAAAAACUAUAUUGGACCGAUAGCGUCGUAAAACAGAUUAUUGUGUCUACUAUUGAAGGUCAUCAUCGCAAAGCUUUGAUUUGGAACAAUAUUGAUCUACCACGAGCAAUUGCUCUUGAUCCAAAUACCAAAUUUAUGUUCUGGACUGAUUGGGGAGAAAUUCCACGUAUAUCACGCGCAGGAAUGGAUGGCUCAAAUCAGAUCGAUCUUGUUCGUCAUCUCAUCACAUGGCCAAAUAGCCUUACCUUGGAUUAUAGGAAGAAAAGAGUGUAUUGGAUUGAUGCCAGACAUAACUGCAUUGCUAAUGUUGACUACUCUGGUAGAGACAGGCAUCUCACGUACUCAAAAGCAACUAAUCACCCCUACGCGAUAACAAUGUUUGGUAACCAGUUAUUUUGGACGGAUUGGGAUAGUAACUCAAUACGAACAUGCGACACGUCAAAAAAUAAUGCAACAACUUCUGUUAAAACUGUCCGCUCUGGUUUAUUUUCACCAAUGGAUAUCAAAGUUUAUGAACCUCAAAGACAAUAUGAGGGUUUGUAUAAUCCCUGCGAAAACAAAAAUGGUGGUUGUAGUCAAUUGUGCUUGCUAUCACCCCAAAGAAAUUUUUCGUGUUCUUGCUCGUCUGGAGUUGCUCUGAAGUCGGAUUCGAAGACUUGUGAAGAUGGUCCACAAGCGUUUCUACUCUUGUCACGUCUUAAUCAAAUAAGGAUUAUCUCUCUCAGCACUGACGAGCAUUCUGACGUACAAGUGCCAAUUGAUAAUACGGGUCACGUGGUGGGUAUUGAAUUUGACCCUUUGACAAAGUUGCUUUAUUGGAUUGAUUCACAUAACCGUGAAAUAAGAUGUGCUCCAUUAAAUGGGUCAAAAGAUGUAAGCGUGAUUAUUAAGGGGAGAAAUGAUUCGUUAAUCGAGGGGAUAGCAGUUGACUGGAUAAACAAACACCUUUAUUGGACGGACACUGGAGCCGACAUGAUAGAAGUAUCUCAUCUUAAUGGAAGUAAAAGGAUGUCAAUAGUUCAGGGGAACUUAGACGAGCCUCGAAGUAUUGCAGUUGAUCACAAAGAACGCUUUGUGUAUUGGUCAGACUGGGGUGUGUUUCCAAAGAUUGAGAAAGCAAAGUUAGAUGGAAAAAGACGAGAAAUCAUAAUUAACACCUCAAUUGCGUGGCCAAAUAGCAUUGUUAUCGAUCACAAGCUACGUAAACUUUAUUGGGCAGACGCCAAGCUUGACAAAAUUGAAUCAUGGGAUACGAGAAGUGGCAAACGUGUAAUUAUCACCCAAGAAAGAGUACCACAUAUUUAUGCUCUUACCAUGGUGGGAGAUAACUUAUAUUGGACUGACCUUCAAUCCAAAGUUCUGGCCACAGUCAACAAAGAGCAAACUAUCAACAGAACGGUCAUUAUGAAUUUUUUGCCUAAUGGUUUGGCAUUGAAAGGGGUUGACCUUCGCGAAGUACAAAAUAGAGGAUCGUAAAUAUAGCUAUAUGAUGAAUAAAUUAUUACUUUUAUUCUCUAAAAGUGUUAUGAAGGAAUGUUGAGGCUUCUUGGAAAGAGCAUUUAUUUGCUUAACAUUGUCAGUGAUUAAUCACCAUUUUAAUGACGACAAAAAAGACGUCGUAUAUUAACGACUUAGUACAAUGAUAUUAUCAAACGAUGCAUGUUUCAUUAAGCUCAUUAUAUGCUUCAUUAUAGUACGAAGUUAAAAAAAGCACUGUCUUUGAUCUCUUAAAUCGAAUUAACCACAAAGUGUUUCAUACAUGUA